CUGCCGGACUCUACCGCCUCAACAUCUUCGUUCGUCCCACCCGUUCGGUCCGACGCCGUCUUCAACGAAUGCUACAGCUUGUUCCACCUCGAUCUGCUCCACCAUUUCCAAGGACCCCUCACAAACGUCACAGUAUCUAUCCAGUCGGAGUUAGCGCGUAUCUUGCGUGUGACAUACACCGAAGCUCUGAGAGCUCCAUACCUCAUGGAUGAAGUACUGGCUUUCGCGUCAGCCCACAAAAGCACUGUGGCCCAGGAUUCCGAUUCUAAGGCCCUCUACCAGAAUGAGUCGACUCGGCUCCAAACACGAGCCAUAAGCCAACUGAGCCUCACGAACGAAGACGUCAACGAGGACAACUUCUUACCUCUGUUUGCCUUUUCCCUCCUGCUUGGCCAACAUGUAUUGUUCGACGUAUUCUCGAACCCGACCUCGUUGACCAGCGUGAUCGACCGAUUCGUGCAGUUUCUAGGACUGCACCAUGGGAUCAGCAUGAUCACAAGCCAGUCUAUCGACAGGUUCACUGGUCUUUUGCAAGAUCUCGUACCUACGGACCCCGUUCAUUUCCAAGUCAAGGUCGCGAGCCUGGGUCGGGGAACUGAGUGCCAAGGCCUUCUUCAGCGAUUAUCCGAGAGUGACCUGUCCGAGUCAACCAAGUCCGUUUACGCAGAUGCGGUCAAGAUAUUACAGUAUCUCUUUGAUACCUUGGAAUCAUCUGAUAGUCGGCGCUACGUGGCGGUCCAGGAAUGGCCGGUUCGGAUAUCUCAAGACUACAUAUCUCUGCUUCAGCAAAGACGUCCGGAGGCGCUCGUCAUCAUGGGCUACUACGCAGUGUUGUUACACAGAGCGAAGGAUUACUGGCCCGUUGGCGACUCGGGAAGAUUUCUUAUAAAGGUCAUCUCAAAUCAUCUUGGGAGCUACUGGUCUGACUUGUUGGAGUGGCCGAACCAAGAGCUUGGACUUGACGAGACGUGA